UUGUUUCAGUUCUGCAGAUGGUUGGGGAGCUUGUGUUUUUUAGCAAGAAUUUUCUAGAUCUUUUGGCUUGAACCAUCUGAAUAACGGCCUCAAGCUUUUGCAUGGUUCCCACUGGGUGGGCUGGGGUGGGAGGGGCUGUCGUGCGUGGUCCGGGAAAGCUGGAGAAGGCUGUUCCUUUGCCUCGAGCCUUGGAUUUCUUAUCUGUGAAAUGGGAGGCUGCAAUGAUGAAGGGCAAAGUACCUUUUUUUUUCAGCUCUGAAAGUCUAGGAUAUUUCACCACUGGAAGACCAGCAGACAAUGUCAUGACAACUCAAGAGGAUACAACAGGGUUUCUUCAAAAGACAAGUCUUUGGACCAUGUCAAGACCUGGAGCGAAGAAGGUUUCAGUAUCACCCUGACUUCUUUUGGAAGGAUCCCUUGGCCUCAGGCUGGAGUGGGCACCUGCCCUAGCCCACAGAGCUGGGUUUCUCUCUUUCUUCAACCACACAGGGAGCACCACUAUGCAAAGACCUCAUCGCAUUCACAGCCAUCUCCCCAGAGCCUUGCACUGUACUUGGCAUAUAGCAGGUGCUCAAUAAAUAUCUGCCAAAUGACUGAAUGCAUCUCGCCAGCCUCAGGAUGCCACCAGGCCCUGAGGGAGCCAGGAAGAUCAGAGGAAAGCUUUUGGAUUCCUGCCACGCCUUACAUUAGCAACAUCUUCUCUGAGUCCUGACAGCCAGCCUCCUGGGACACCAUUCGAGCCAGCUGAAUUCCGGUCACCGCUUCACCUUGGAAAGGCAUCCGCAGCCCUCACCAAGCGGCCCCGUAAUUGACGUCACAGCGGGGCCAGGAGCUGCCCUGUUAAUAUUUAAUGUGGCCUUCACUGCGGCAAAAUACAGCCUCCAAGAGCUGGAGGGGCCACGCAGAAUCUCCAUAGGGUUGUGAGGAGGGCACAGAUGGGAAAGGGCUUUAUAAACCAUAAAGCGCCCAACAGAUGAGCAUUCUGCCGACCCAUUUCAGUCCCUGGCUUAACUCAGAAAGAGCCGGGGCUGCACAUGCCUGCAGUGGGACAAGAAGACUGCUGACCGAGCCCGAACACUAAAUCAGUGGGGGAUUAGGGGCUCCUGGGUACAUUCCAUGGAGACAGCGGGAGGGCAGAGCACUGGCGCCAGCCAGACUUGGACUCCACUCCAGGUUUGCCCCCUGCACAGCUGUGUGACUGGGUCAUCAAGUGGACUGCUGAGCCUCAGUCCCCUGUAUCUGUGAAAUGGGAAUGAUGCUUUCCUUGUAGCACUGCUGUGAGGAUUCAGUGAAACGAGUGAUGCCGAAGACCUAGCUUCACUCAUUGCAGGCUGUCAACACAGGCUGAGACCCUUCUCCAAAACCAGGCCUGGGACCUGAGGUUGGAGAGAGGAUACACGGGGCCCCUUCAGGCAUUCAUCGGGCAGAGUGAUGGUGGGAGGGAAGGAGGAGCAAGGAGGCACAGGAAGGAUGACCUGGGAGCCAAGCAUCUCAGGAGUGGACAGUGAAGACCGAACUCCUAAGGUUGUGAUGAGAAUUCAGUGAGAACAUGCAUGCCCAGCACAGCUUCAAGCACACAGCAACAGUAAAACCAACUGCAGAAUGCCAUCAUAUCUGCGCCCCAGAGCUGAGCUCACCCACUUAGCAAGAUUCAUUCUGACAGCAUGAGCCUGCAGUUACUCAUAAGUUAUCCUGCCUGCUUACUAUCCUCACUGGAACCAUCCUUGCUCCUGCCCAGUGGCCUAUGAAAGAAAUCUCUCAAUAAACUCCCAGCCAGACUCUCUAAGCCAGUGAAUUCUGAAGCCCUUUCACCAUCUGUGACCACUUCAUUGACUGCCA